AUGGAGUACAGCGGAAAGAGGACAGAUGUGGUGGAUUUCGGUGGGGAGAUGGAUUAUUCCCAUGUGCAGUGGUUCCAAGAUCGGCCCCCUCGACCUACGCCGGUUCCUCAACCAGCACCUCAACCACAAUACCAUCCUUCACCGCAUGUUAUCGAACGGAAUGAGGCGUUUGUAUAUGCCCUCAGCGCUGCACCCAACAUUCUAUAUCAACGCUACAAACAAUUUGGACAGUUGGGCGUCUUAGGCUGGUGUUCGGAGUUCAGUGAACUCAUUGACAACCUCAAGGCGCUGGGGUUUGAGGGAAACAUGUUCGUCGCAACCAGAGAACAAGCCUUGAAGACAUGCGAACAGCUUCUGCAGCUCAAGUUGGAAGACGUCAAGAUGCAGCUCAUUAUAAUGUACCUUUCAACCCAGGUAGCAAGACUUCGCCGGUUCUUGGACGGUGAUCGUAUUUGGGACGACUACCCUGAGCCUCAGUUUCCAUUAGAGCCGAAAUACCAGCAAUUAUAG